AUCGCAACGCGGCUUGGAUGAGUGUCCGGGUGGAAAGCAACUUCCAGCGUUGACCCAGGAAUAAAGCCCCAAAAAAGCCAAACGGGAUUCGGGGGACUUUUAAUUUGUUGUUUUAAAGAAAACUUGGAUUUGUGUUAACCCAGGUGGUCGUGUUUUAAUCAAAAGAAGCAAAAUGGGACGAGGAGAAGGUCGAGAACAAUAUGAGCUGGCGGCCACAUCAGAGCAGGGGGGCAAGAAGUCGAAGUCCAAGGGCAAAAAACAAAAGGAUAAAGAUAUGGAUGAACUAAAAAAAGAAGUGGACUUGGAUGAUCACAGAUUGUCCCUGGAUGAGCUUAGUAGGAAAUAUGGCACUGAUUUAAACAAGGGACUGACAGCUGCUCGGUCUAAGGAAAUCUUGGCACGCGAUGGACCCAAUGCAUUGACUCCACCUCCAACAACCCCAGAAUGGGUUAAGUUUUGCAAACAGCUCUUCGGAGGAUUCGCAACUCUUCUGUGGAUUGGAGCUAUCCUUUGUUUUCUGGCGUAUGGAGUCCAGGCAGCCUCAGAGGAGGAACCGGCCAAUGACAACUUGUAUCUGGGAAUUGUGCUUUCAGCUGUCGUGAUGAUUACCGGAUGUUUCUCAUACUAUCAAGAGGCUAAGAGCUCUAAGAUCAUGGACUCCUUUAAGAACCUUGUCCCACAGCAAGCCUUGGUUAUCCGUGAUGGUGAAAAGAAUAACAUCAAUGCAGAGCAAGUGGUUGUUGGAGAUCUUGUGGAAGUGAAGGGGGGUGACAGAAUUCCUGCUGAUUUGCGUAUCAUUUCUGCUCAUGGAUGCAAGGUCGACAACUCUUCCCUAACCGGUGAAUCUGAGCCCCAGACUCGUGCUCCUGACUUCUCCAACGACAACCCUCUGGAGACCAGAAACAUUGCAUUCUUCUCUACCAACUGUGUUGAAGGUACUGCCAGAGGUGUCGUCAUCAACACUGGUGACCGUACUGUCAUGGGUCGUAUUGCCACCCUUGCCUCUGGUCUUGAAGUUGGUCGCACCCCCAUCUCUAUUGAAAUCGAGCACUUCAUUCACAUCAUCACUGGUGUAGCUGUUUUCCUGGGCGUGAGCUUCUUCAUCCUGUCCUUGAUUCUUGGCUACACUUGGUUGGAAGCCGUUAUCUUCUUGAUUGGUAUCAUUGUCGCUAAUGUUCCAGAAGGUCUCUUGGCCACUGUAACUGUGUGUCUGACUCUGACUGCCAAACGUAUGGCAAAGAAGAACUGCCUGGUGAAGAAUCUUGAAGCUGUGGAGACUCUUGGCUCAACCUCCACCAUCUGCUCUGACAAGACUGGAACCUUGACCCAGAACCGAAUGACCGUGGCUCACAUGUGGUUUGACAACCAGAUUCAUGAAGCAGACACCACAGAAAACCAGAGUGGAACCUCAUUUGAUAGGAGUUCAGCUACAUGGGCCGCCCUUGCACGUGUCGCUGGCCUGUGCAACCGUGCUGUUUUCCUUGCUGAGCAAGAAAACGUCCCAAUACUUAAGAGAGAUGUGGCUGGUGAUGCCUCAGAAUCUGCCCUCCUAAAGUGUAUCGAGCUUUGCUGUGGUUCAGUGAAGGGAAUGAGAGAGAUGUACAACAAGAUUGCAGAGAUCCCUUUCAAUUCCACCAACAAAUACCAGCUUUCCAUCCACAACAACCUCAAUUCAUCUGAAACCAAACACCUGCUGGUCAUGAAAGGAGCUCCUGAGAGAAUAUUGGACAGAUGCUCCUCUAUUUUGAUCCAAGGAAAAGAGCAGCCCCUUGAUGAUGAGUUGAAGGAUGCCUUCCAGAAUGCCUACUUGGAACUUGGUGGCUUGGGAGAAAGAGUACUUGGAUUCUGCCACUUUAAUCUUCCUGAUGAACAGUUUCCUGAGGACUUCCAGUUCGAUGCAGAGGAGGUGAACUUCCCAACUGAGAACCUGUGUUUUAUUGGCCUUAUGUCCAUGAUUGACCCUCCUCGUGCUGCUGUACCUGAUGCUGUGGGCAAGUGUAGGAGUGCUGGAAUCAAGGUUAUCAUGGUUACUGGUGAUCAUCCAAUCACAGCCAAGGCCAUUGCAAAGGGAGUAGGUAUCAUAUCUGAGGGCAAUGAGACUGUUGAAGACAUUGCUGCUCGCUUAAACAUUCCUAUCAAUGAAGUCAACCCAAGGGAUGCCAAAGCUUGUGUGAUCCAUGGUGGAGAUCUCAAGGACCUGAGCCCUGAGCAGUUAGAUGAUAUCUUGAAAUACCACACCGAAAUUGUGUUUGCCAGAACAUCUCCUCAGCAGAAGCUGAUUAUCGUUGAAGGCUGCCAGAGACAGGGUGCCAUUGUAGCUGUAACAGGUGAUGGUGUCAAUGAUUCUCCUGCUCUGAAGAAGGCUGACAUUGGUGUGGCUAUGGGCAUUGCUGGAUCUGAUGUAUCCAAACAGGCUGCUGACAUGAUCUUGCUGGAUGACAACUUUGCUUCAAUUGUCACUGGAGUAGAAGAAGGUCGUCUGAUCUUUGACAACUUGAAGAAGUCCAUUGCCUACACCUUGACCAGUAACAUCCCUGAGAUCACCCCCUUCCUCCUCUUCAUCUGUGCCAACAUUCCUCUUCCUUUGGGUACCGUCACCAUUCUCUGUAUUGACCUGGGAACUGACAUGGUUCCUGCCAUCUCAUUGGCCUAUGAAGCUGCUGAGAGUGACAUCAUGAAGCGCCAACCCAGAAACCCCAAGACGGACAAACUGGUGAACGAGAGGCUCAUUAGCAUAGCCUACGGUCAGAUCGGUAUGAUUCAAGCUCUGGCUGGGUUCUUUACAUAUUUUGUCAUCCUGGCUGAAAAUGGCUUCCUGCCCUCAACAUUGCUGGGUAUUCGUGUAUUGUGGGACGACAAACACAUCAACGACCUGGAGGACAGUUACGGCCAACAAUGGACAUACGAGCAGAGGAAGAUUGUGGAGUUCACAUGCCACACAGCUUUCUUCACCAGCAUUGUAAUUGUACAGUGGGCUGAUUUGAUUAUCUGCAAGACCAGAAGGAACUCUGUCUUCCAGCAAGGAAUGAAGAAUAAGAUUCUCAUCUUUGGACUGUUUGAGGAAACGGCUCUUGCAGCCUUCCUGUCCUACUGCCCAGGCAUGGAUGUUGCCCUUAGAAUGUACCCACUAAAACCAAACUGGUGGUUCUGCGCCUUCCCCUACUCACUCCUCAUCUUUAUUUAUGAUGAAAUCCGAAAACUUAUCAUCCGACGCAGCCCAGGAGGUUGGGUGGAGAGGGAGACCUACUAUUAAAGCAUCCAGUCUGCAUCACACAAGUUUAUUUGCAUGGUUGUCUUGCUGCUCGGAAUUUGAACCUCAGUAAUUUGGAUGUUUUUAUAUAGGGAAUGCUGAUAUAAACACUGAGAUCGUGAACCAAGACAUUGCGUGCCUUGUUUCUGAAGCCGGACCAAUUUUAUACAUGUUUUUAAAAGUCUAAUAUAAAAAUAAACUUGCAGCCAGG